GUAGAGUGGGUAGCACUGAGCCCCCAGGGUGGCGGCCAAGCCUGGCCAGCGGGUCAGGAGUGAUUUGAAGGGGACCCUUGGGCUUGUUUGGGGUCCACAAAGUGUGUCUGGAGGAUGGGGGCAGCAUUUGGGGAAGAGGAGCCAGAGAGCAGGGCCAUCUGCGUGCCCGAGGAUGCUCCGAGGAGGCACACGCUUGCCUUGGCUUUGGCUGGGAAAGGAUCUGGGAACCUUCCAGCCUGUUUCGCGCCGAUAACGAAGGAAACUGAGAUGAACGGGCUUUUCCCAGAGUGAGAAAAGGCUGGGGGGGUCUGGAUGUGUGGGGCUCCAGGGUGUUUUGUGGCCCCGGGAAGCAGAGGUUUGGCGUGGGGAGAGCAGCUCAGAUCUGGCUGGAAGGUGCUACCGUGUUGUGAACCUCAUCGGGAGUUGUGGCCUCUUCCCUUGGGCUGUUGACCCGGCCAAGGGGGAAAAUCAGGAGCCCCUGGGCACCAGCGAUUGCCGUGUGUGCUUAAUACAGAGCCUCAUGGAAUCUAUGAUAGUGUGUUUUAUAAGAAACCUUUCUAAUACCUUACGCUUCUGGAUUGUAACGACUGUAAAUAUUUGUUUGGAGGGAGGCAAGUGAGGGAAACUCUUUGUUUCGGCUGUUUGUUCUAUCCUCUUGAUUUACCUGGGGGGUUGCAACCAUUGCCAUUCUUGGGGGAAGAGAGGUUUCAGCUCUUAAAGAGGUUGGACCUUUUCCCUGGAGCUGGACGGGCCCAGAGCACCUCUUGGAAGCUUCUCAGCACCUCUUGGAAGCUUCUCAGCACCUCUUGGAAGCAUCUCAGCACCUCUUGGCAAGCUUUGACCUGUUUGUGCUCCGACUGCAAACAAGCAAAUUCCACCUGCGAAACCGACGGCGCCUGCAUGGUCUCGGUCUUCAACCUGGACGGUGUCAAACAUCACGUUCGGACCUGCAUUCCUGAAGCAAAAUUGAUUCCUGCUGGGAAACCCUUCUAUUGUCUGAGCUCAGAAGAUCUGCGUAAUACUCACUGCUGCUACUCUGAUUUUUGCAACAAAAUUGAUUUAAUGGUUCCCAGUGGACACCUGAAGGAUAACGAACCCCCAUCGAGUUGGGGUCCUGUGGAGCUGGUGGCAGUGAUCGCCGGGCCCUUCUUCCUUCUGUUUGUUGUCGUGAUCAUAGUAGUCUUUGUUGUCCUUCACCACCAACGAGUCUACCACAACCGCCAGCGGCUGGACGUGGAAGACCCUUCUUGUGAAAUGUGCUUGUCAAAGGAUAAGACCUUGCAAGAUCUGGUCUACGAUCUCUCCACCUCCGGCUCUGGUUCAGGGUUGCCCCUUUUUGUCCAACGCACUGUCGCCCGAACAAUUGUCCUGCAGGAGAUCAUUGGGAAAGGCCGCUUCGGAGAAGUGUGGCGUGGCAGGUGGCGUGGAGGGGACGUAGCGGUGAAAAUCUUCUCUUCACGUGAGGAGCGGUCCUGGUUUAGGGAAGCAGAAAUCUAUCAAACCGUUAUGUUGCGCCAUGAGAACAUCCUGGGAUUUAUUGCUGCAGAUAAUAAAGAUAACGGAACGUGGACCCAGUUGUGGCUCGUCUCUGACUACCACGAGCACGGCUCUCUCUUCGACUACCUAAACCGGUACACGGUGACCAUUGAGGGGAUGAUCAAGCUCGCCCUGUCUGCUGCCAGCGGGCUGGCCCACCUGCACAUGGAGAUCGUGGGAACUCAGGGAAAGCCUGGGAUUGCUCACAGAGACUUGAAAUCAAAGAACAUUUUGGUGAAGAAGAAUGGCACGUGCGCCAUCGCUGACCUUGGUCUGGCCGUCCGGCACGAUUCUGUUACGGAUACAAUUGAUAUUGCACCGAAUCAAAGGGUCGGAACCAAACGAUACAUGGCCCCAGAAGUCUUGGAUGAAACCAUUAACAUGAAGCAUUUUGACUCAUUUAAAUGUGCCGAUAUCUACGCCUUGGGCUUGGUCUACUGGGAGAUUGCUCGAAGGUGCAAUGCUGGAGGUAUCCACGAGGAAUAUCAGCUGCCGUACUACGACCUCGUACCCUCUGAUCCUUCUAUCGAGGAGAUGCGGAAGGUCGUAUGUGAUCAGAAAUUACGGCCUAAUAUCCCAAACUGGUGGCAAAGCUACGAGGCACUACGGGUGAUGGGGAAGAUGAUGCGAGAGUGCUGGUACGCCAACGGAGCGGCUCGACUCACCGCCCUCCGCAUUAAGAAAACCCUCUCGCAGCUCAGCGUUCAGGAAGAUGUGAAAAUCUAAACCCUGAGCCCCAACAGGAGGAAACUGCACAGAAGCUGCCACGCUAAAGUAGACGUGUGACGGAGGCCUACCUCGUGUUUCUGCCCAACCUACUGCUACCAACCCAACAGCGUGACCUACAGGCUGCUAGGUGGGGUGACGGAGCCUAUUGAAUCGCUCUCUUCCCCGCUUGGGUAUGAAACAAUCAGAAACCUUUUACGAUCACCUCCUGACAGCAUGAAGACUUGAGAAGAGACUCGACCUGAGGGGAUCUCAGCCACGAUCAUAACUCUUUGUUUCUUUAACGGAAACCCCUGUAAAGUUCGGUGCGCGCGGCGCAGCCCUUGGCAGCGUUUGGGGCUGGGGUGCCGGGUGCCGGGAGCGGGAAGGGAAAAGGGAAAGUUUUCUUGCCGUACUCUGAGGAUUUUUUUCCAGGGACUGGCACGUCAACGCAGGUUAAAAAAAAUGGUUUGCGAAACAAAUGGUGCUCCCUUCCGAGAGGCUGAACCGUUCGUCAGCUUCACGACCCCGUUUCCUUCUUUUUUUUCUUAAGCUUGAACAAUUCGAACCCCAAAAUCCGACUGGCUGUCCGUGUGCGCGAUGGUGUAUGCAUGCGCGAGGUGCGCGUGUCCCUGUGCCUGUUCAUCUCCUCCCGUAGACGUGCGGCGAACUCCUCUCUUGUUCGUGCUUUCCGUGCAUGUGCAAACAAAAUCCAGAGUGUCCUUGUUUUGAGCUGUGCGCGCUGGUGCUCUCCGUGUUGAGUCGUGAGCAUUGUCUGGCUUGGACAGGCUGCUUGGAACCAGGUCCUUCGCUCUCCCGUGGGUGCCGUGGCCUUGCCGUCCCUACGCCGGCUGCAGGAGCUUCCCAGCAGGUUGCCUCACUGCCACCUCCUCCCUUUUUUUUGACGAGGAAGCGACUUCACUCCUGGAAUCCAGGUUUUAUUUUGUCUUGAGCCCCUGAGGUUUGUAGUUUUUGGUAGGGUGGAGAGCCCUGGGGAGGGGAGAUGCCUCGGAGCGCGGCUCCGCACCGUGGGGAGAUGCAGGAGACCUUUCUAAGAACAUUAAUUCCUCGCGUCCUGGGGACGUCUCGAGGCUUGGGUGUGCUCUGCGCCUCCUCGGGCUG